AUGGGCUGCAGGAGUGCCAAGGUGCUUCCCUCCCAAAGUGAUAUUAAAAAUGAUCCCAAAAAGAAGAGAUACGUAAGCGUGAUGCAGUCGCUGGCGGCCUUCGCCAGGGAACGAGAGCACCAGGAGGAGCUCAAGAAGAACAAGGGUGGCUGGUUUUCCACAAAAACAAAGAGUAUGGUGGCGGAGGUAAAACAGCAGGAGGAAAAACAAGAAACGUACACGGAUAAGUUUGACGCUCGGGUCACAGCCAGAUACCACAUCAAGGCGCUGAUUGGUCGCGGCAGCUUCAGCCGGGUAGUGCGCGCCGAGCACAGGAGCAGCCGCCGACCUUUCGCUAUUAAGAUGACGGAGGUGGACGCGCCGCAAGCUAGGGAGGUGUGCGCGGCGGAGCUGGCCGUGCUGAGAAGGGUCAACCACCCCAAUGUGGUGCGGCUGGUGGAGGUGUUCCAGUGUCCCAGAAGGGUCUACGUGGUUUUGGAGUUGGCUACAGGUGGGGAGCUGCUGGAUCACGUCAUCAGUAGAGGGCACUACACGGAGCAGGACGCCGCAAGGGCCCUGCGCAUGGUUCUGGCCGGGGUGGGGUACCUCCACUCGCUGGGGAUCACCCACAGAGAUUUAAAGCCGGAGAAUCUUCUCUACUACCACCCCGGUGUGGACUCGCGCCUACUAGUGACAGACUUUGGACUGGCAACAUUUGGAGGUGCAGGGACACCAGGCAGAAGCAAGAGUCCCCAAAGCGGAGAGGUCACUGGAACUAGCAGCUCAUGCUCCUUGCGAACCACGUGUGGAACCCCAGAGUACAUGGCCCCGGAAGUGGUCCUGAGAAAAGCCUACACCUGCGCCGUGGACAUGUGGGCUAUAGGGGUGAUUGCCUACAUCCUGUUAAGCGGAUCCAUGCCCUUCGAGGACGACUCCAAAACUCGGCUGUACAGGUCCAUCGUCAGGGGAAAGUACAGCUUUCGUAGAAAUCCUUGGCCUUCUGUAUCCAACCCCGCCAAAGACUUCAUCCGCGCUCUGCUGGAAUCCGACCCGGGGCGUCGUCCCAGCGCCCAGCAAGCCUCGCGUCACCCGUGGAUCCUCGCGACGACCGGCGGGUCUUCAUCGAGAAACCUCCACCGAUCCGUUUCCCGAAACUUGCUCCGACGGACACCUCGGAACUCUUCGCGGACAAAGUCGGCGGCAGAUCGUUCGAUAUCCAAACAGUUGGUGCCAGUUUUAAGCUAA